CUUCCUGGCGGAAAGUGCGAAUUCAACUUUGACAGUAGUCAAAUUUACCUCAAAAACUCACUUUGAAGAGAUCUUUCGGAUCUUAAAGAUCAUUAAUCUGUCUCCGCACACCUACGCGGCUUCCAUUCGGCAGCAGCGUUUUAUGUUUACCCGAAAAAAAUCCGUUUUGAAGCUUUUAGUUUCACUUUAGAGCGUAUUAGCAUGGAGGCUAACACGGUGGCAGCUAACGUGGCCUCAGAAGAGCACCAAGAGUCUGGACAGGACCCAGAGGACCACCAACAGUCCACAUGUGACGAGGACGACCUGGACCUGGAUCUGGACCUGGAGCUGGCCAAGAUGACUGUGGAGGGCUACAUGUCAACACGACCUCGGUUUCUCAUGACCCCGGGUCUCCACCCCUCUGCUGGUCUCCUCUCAGACCUGAACCACAACGUGCAGGCCGUGCAGACGGACAUCCAGACCGCCGAGCUCGCCGUCAACACGGAGGCCGGCUGGGAGAGCGACGUGGCGGCCAUGUUUGACCAGGGCUCCAGCCUGAAGGAGCGCUUCGAGCAGCUCGCCAAGAGGGAGGAGGAGGAGGAGGCGGAGCACGAGAAGCUCCGGCAGCAGCUGCAGAAGAAGAAGGAGGACGCCACGCGCCAGCACCAGGCUCUUCUGGACAAACUGGAGUCUGUGCGAGUUAAACUGCAGCUCAACAACUCGAAGGCUGCCAGGAAGAACUUCCUGGCUAAGAAACAGGAGUUGAGCUCAGAGAGGAGCCGAGCGGCGGAGGAGCGAAACCGGUUGGCAAAAGAGCUGCAGGACAUGGAGCAGAAGCUGACGGCGCUGGGCGAGGAGCAGGGCGAGGAGCAGCGGCGCUGGGGGUCGGAGCUGGAGGAGCUGCGGCGGGAGAUGGACCGGGUGAGGAGGGAGGUGCGGGAGGCGCAGCGGCAGGCGCAGCGGGACGAGAUCGCGGCCGUGGAGAAGCAGCGGGAGGUGGCCAUGUCCUGCAUCAACGCCUGGCUGAGAGAGGUGAGCCAGUACCUGAACACCCUGCGGCAGGAGUUCCCCCAGCAGUUCCCUCAGGAGCGGCUGACCUGGGAGAAGAACCAGAGCCUGGUGCGCCGGAGCCAGGCGGAGCUGCAGAGCCGCUUCCAGGACGUCCUGCAGCAGCUGCAGCAGGGCCGCGACCUGGACAGCCUCCCCAGGGUCAGCGUGCCCGCCCUGCCCCAGGUUCCCAUGGUGGAGCUGCAGUUCAACCAGGUGAUGCAGAGCGUGCUCCCCCCAGUCUUCCUGCCCCCGCCUCACCCGGCCCCCCGCCGGCUUCCUCCCCAGAGGCUCCCUCACUUCUGCCCGCAGCGGCUGCCCCACCUCCACCCAAACCUCCAGUACCGGGGGCCCUACCACCCCCCGCCGUUCCUGCCCCCCCACCCCGCCCACCCAUUCCCGCCCCCGCCUCACUUCCGGCCCCUGGUCCGAGCCCCGGUAAGGAGCGCGUCUCCCUCGCCGUCCCCGCCUCCCCCCGCAGCCCCCGCCCCCGCCCCCUCCGCCCCGGCCGGCAAGCUGGACAAAGUGCUGGAGAAGCUGGGGGCGCGGUUCCCACAAUGCACCAGGGCGCAGCUGACGUCGCUGCUGCAGCAGGUGAAGAGCUCCCGCGGGACGCUGGCCGGCAUGUCCAUGGAGGAGGUGGUGGAGCAGGUGGGCUUCAAGCUGGCGCAGGGCGAGCGCUCGGCCCCGGGGCCCAUCAGCCGGCCCGCCCCCCCGGGCCCCAUCCAGAGGCCCUCGCCGUCCCCCCAGCACGCCCGCAAGCUGUGCCUGAUGUGCCAGAACCACGUGGAGCCGGAGAGCCGCCACCCGCUCGCCUGCUCCCACACCAUCCACAGAGACUGCAUCCAGGUGUGGCUGCAGUCCAGCAGGAACAACUCCUGCCCCUUCUGCCCCAGCAAGUGAGCCCCCCACCCCCCCCACCGCCCAAC